AUGUUCAAGAUCGGUUUCCUUAUUUCAUUGUUGUUUAUUUUACAAGCGGCUUAUGCUUUACCAUUGACUGAAGCUUUGUUCAAGCAAAACAAAAUAUUAAAAAGAGCCACAUGUGCUGAUGAUUAUUCGGUUAAAAAUCUUCCUGGUUUAGAUAAGAUGGAUCCAAAGUUUGUUCCAGAAAUGCAUGCUGGUUACAUACAAGCUGAAGAAAAUGUUGAUGAAGAUUACUUCUUCUGGAAAUUCUCUAAAAAUCAAACCGAGUCUGCUUCCAGUGACAGGUUAAUCUUGUGGUUUAAUGGUGGACCUGGUUGCUCUUCGAUGGCGGGUGCUUUGGCUGAAAAUGGUCCGCUUACUCUCAAUGAUAAUGAUGAAGUUGUUUAUAGUCCAGGCACCUGGAUAGAAGAAGGUGACUUGGUUUUCAUUGAUCAACCGGGUGGUGUUGGUUUCAGUGACUCCAAUGAUUAUUCCUCAGAAUUGAAAGAUAUUGCCGCCAACAUGAUGACCUUCUUGAAGAACUACUUUGAAGUUUUCCCAGAAGAUAAGGCCAAAGACCUCUAUUUGAGUGGUGAAAGCUAUGCUGGACAGUAUAUUCCAUACUUCGGAGCCAAGAUUCUAGCUGAAGAGACUGAUAUCAAUCUCAAGGGUUUGCUUAUUUUUAACGGGUAUAUUUAUCCUGAUGUUCAACAAUCUGCUUUGUUUGAAUUUGGAGUGGAGAAUAACAUUAUCAGUCAAAGUGAUGCUGAUGAAGCUCAGGAUGAAAUCCAAGAAUGUAUUCAAACUUACGAAUCUAAUCAACAAUUAUGGGCGAGCGUUAUUAAGGAAAUUGAAGCUAACGGUGAAUAUGAAGGCGAAAAUGAUUUCGAAACUGAUGAUAACAAGGUGGAAUCUUACGAAUGCAUUCAACUUUUAAAUGAGUUUCUCCUUGCCACUUACGAUACAAGUAAACCAGAAGACGAGCUAUGCAUAAAUGUUUAUGAUUUCAGAUUGAGAGAUUCUUCUUUAUGUGGUUCAAAUAGCUUUCCACCAAACCAUCAACAAAUUAAUGAUUUUCUUAAUCUGGCAACCAUAGAUGAAGCUUUAAACCUUAAAACUGCCAAGAACUGGUCCGAUUGUGAUUCUGGUACGGUCGGUGAAAACUUGGUUAACUAUUAUUCAUACCCUGCAUUUUUCAAAUUGCCAUAUAUUUUGUCUAAAAUUCCUAUCUUGAUUGCUGCUGGCGAAAAUGAUAUUAUUUGUAAUAUCAAGGGUUUGGAAAAAAUGGUCAGUGUAUUAACUUGGGGUGACAAAUUGAGUCCAGGCUUCAGCAGUGAUAUUGAAUAUGCCAACUACGGUGUUGAUGGUACUACAUAUGGUACGGUCAAACAAGAAGGCAACUUGAUGUUUGCUGGCAUUUCCAACGCUUCUCAUAUGGCACCAUAUUCUCAGCCAAUUGGAUCUAGAGCUCUAAUUGACAUCUUUUUCGGUGAUUUCAUUAAAAAUGGCAGCAAUUACGUUGCUCCAUCUCAUGGUGACUUCUGA